CUCCACAAAUUCAAAGAAGGUGUGAAGAUGGGUAGUGGUGGAGAGGGUUCAGUGAGGGAUGCAGCAGAUAAGUAUAGGUCUCUAUUGCAGGAUGAAGUAGAGAAGAACACCCAUUGGAGGCAUGGUGGCCCUCCCACCUAUGAUUCUGUUAACCAGCUCUUUGAAGAAGGCAGAACCAAGGAAUGGCCAAAAGGGUCACUAGAGGAGACAGUUCAAAACGCUGUCAAGUCAUGGGAGAUGGAACUCUCCCACAAGACUCUUUUACGAGACUUCAGAACCAUAAACCCUGAAAAAUUCAAGCUGAUAGUCAACGGAAGAGAAGGAUUAUCAGGAGAGGAGACACUUAAGCUUGGAAGCUACAACGCCCUGCUGAAAAGCUCUCUGCCAGAGGAGUUGAAGUACUACAAAGCAGAAGAAGAGAGCUUCGAAUCAUCACAUGAUGCAUUCAGAUCCGCUUUUCCUCGUGGGUUUGCAUGGGAAGUGAUCAGUGUGUACUCAGGACCACCGGAGAUUGCCUACAAGUUCAGGCACUGGGGUUUCUUUGAGGGUCCCUUCAAGGGACAUGCACCCACCGGAGAGAUGGCUCAGUUCUAUGGGCUUGGAAUUCUCAAGGUGGAUGAAUCAUUGAAGGUGGAAGAAGCAGAAAUUUACUAUGAUCCAGCAGAGCUGUUUGGAGGCUUACUCAAGGGACCGCCCAUCUCUGCACCAUCUUCUCAUGCCUGCCCAUUCUCCCACUAAAAUGGGGGUGUUCUUUUCUUUUCUCAAGCAUUUUCCUCCGUGUGUUUGGAUUAUUGUAUCUCCAGCUUAAGUUUAAUGUAAUUUGCAUUUUCCUUUGUUCUUAAUAAAGAGGCAUCACAAGAUUAGUGGCCA